UCUUUUUCGUUUCUCUUGCUUUCAUGAGAAACUAAGCGUCGGGCAUCACUCACCUUCCUCCAUUAUUGCCAUCUUGCUCUUCAACUUCUCCUCUCUCUCCAACUUAACUUUAUAAACGGAUGGCGAGAUUGAUUUAAUUUUAAGUUGUUUGCCUAAGCUACUUUGAUCGAGAAAUUGGCUUGGAUCAUAAUUGGUGAAGAGCGAGAAGGAAGUUAGAUCAACGUAAUGCCGUCGAGGAUGAAGAUCGAGUCAAUCAAUAUCAAUUCACAUGUACACAACCGGCUGCGCCAUGCUGACUUUUGACCGGCAAAGGUGCCUCUUUGACUGCCGAAAGCUCUAUCGAUUUAUUGGUUUUAGAUGGAUGUCAUUUAUGGUUUCUCCCUCAUGGCACACGAACUGGCUCGAGGAAAUAUCAAAUAUAGAACUCAACCACAGAUCAGCUACAAAGCCAUCUACCAAAAGUCCCUUCUCCUUACAUCUGUCUUCCUCUAAUAAGCAUUGCCAAGAUCUCUCAAAUGCGGCUGGCGGGGAAAUGAUUUCUAACUCCAUGGGACCAUGUAGUGACUCUUGCUCCGUUUGUUUGGAAACAAAAUGGAACCUAGCUGCUGAUGGAUGUGGUCAUGAGUUCUGCACAAAAUGUGCGUUAUACCUAAGCACCACAAAUAUACCACAAGUUGUUCCUAAAAAUAACUCGAAUAAACAGUCAAUGGAAACUCCUUCAGAAGCUUUUGUGGCUUACGAAGUUGAAGAGGAUAGAGUUGGUGUACCUCUUUUGAGUGGGCUCUAUGAGUUUCGUUUGGAUUUUUUUUCCACCCAGGUUAUACGCGGAAGAAAGUUUCAACCCUCUAGGCUUCUUGCAGGUUCUUGGGAAGCUUGGCUUAAGGUUGAUCCCUCUCUGCUCCCCACUCCUACGACUUUUACAAUGUUUGAUUAUUGUUGCAAGCAAAAACAAUGUAUAUGCUUAUUAUAUAUAUGUUCUCGAAAUUGUUACUCCUAAUGCUAAAAUAGUAAAAUCAAAUAUUUAUAUGAUUAUGGUCGCAA